AUGAUAGUUAAUACAAGUGUUACCAAGUCUAUUAUAUCGAACGAAAGCGACGCAGAAACAGGAGACGAGGAUUUAAACCAACUGGUUCCACCAAGUGCAGUACAAUUUUGGACAUUUCUUAUCUUCGAAAUACCUUCACUCGCUUGCACCAUCUUCCUUCUCUAUCAUUUUAUAACAACUGAAAAGUUACGGAAUGCAUUGCAUAAUCAUAUUGUCAUCAUUCUUCUCAUUAUUGUUCUAUGUAUUGAGAUUUUCGACGAUCCACUAUACAUCGAUGCGUACCGCUUCGGUGGAGGAAAGAACUCUUUUACGAUGACGCCUAGUAUUUGUUUGAUGUGGUGGUUCAUUGACUAUGGAUUCUAUGGUGCCAUGUCUGUACUUCUUGCGUGGGGAUCAUUCGAGCGGCAUAUUCUCGUGUUUCAUCACCAUCAGUUGCUUCGGACAAGGAAGCAACGGUUUCUCGUUCAUUAUCUUCCAUUAAUUAUCAUUAUCACGUACACGUUGGUAUUCUAUAUUAUUGUGAUCUUUUUUCCGCCUUGUGAAAAUGUUUUUGAUUUUGAGUCGUUAGCAUGUGGUCUAUCACCAUGCUAUGAAGAUAUUUCGUAUUUGAAUGUAUGGGAUUAUCUGGGAAAUGGUAUUUUGUGUGCAUUCAUUGAAACUAUAUGUAGUGUUGCGCUUCUUGUGCGCAUUCUUUGGCAAAAACGGCGCUUACGUCAGCCAGUAAAUUGGCGGAAACAUCGGAAGAUGGCAAUUCAGAUUUUGUCGAUUUCUUGUUUAUCAUUAACUAUUGUUUUCCCUCAAUCAUUAAUCACUGUCGUUCAACAAAUUGGCGGACCAAGUCUGAGUGAUUUUGCAUCCGGAGUGAAUCCAUAUUUGUUCUAUUUGUACACUUUCGUUGUUUAUCUACUGCCAUUCAUAUGCUUCGGUAAUCAGCCUGAACUUUGGAAAAAAUUAGGGAAAAGGGACCGAAACCGUCGCCGAGAUGUUGGACCUAUGACAGUCAAUCCUGUACACGUUCAAUCAAUAGCAGUGAAACCUCUAGCAAGUUUGUAG